AGGUGUGACUAUGAUAUAUACAAAAUUUUCCAUCGAUUUUAAAACGAAAGUGUAAAAACAAGCGAAAAUGUAAAAAGUUGAACAUUUGCAAAUAUAUUUAAAUAUCAGAAUAUGUUUUUAUUGGCAAUGUAUUCUACAGUAUGUUAAUUGCAUAUACAAGAAAUUAAGGAACAAAUGAAAUUCCAUAUUGUAAAAGUUGAAAGUGGUGGAAACAGUGGAAUACCGAUAAAGGCAACACGAAUACAGAAACUUGAUUUGGUCCACAUCAUCUACUGUCGGAAUUUAUGGAAACUUUUGUUCGUAAUCGGAAGAUGAAAAUCGCCUUUAGUUGGUGUUAGCGAAUUUGCUGGUGCCCUAAAAAAUGCCGAGGGUAAACAACGCACACGCGAAGGACACCAAUGGCUCCAACGUCAACGUAGCACCGAAAGCACGAAAGAAUGCCAUCAAGACGGAAGUGGAGAGUCUAGGUGAACACAAUGUUUUCCAUAGAAAAUCCGAGCGAAGAAGAGUGGCGCGCGAUAUCUUUUUAGUAUUUGAAGAGCAACCUUGCCGGCGGGUACGAGGAGGUGCUAACAGAAAGAAAACAGUGCAAAAACCGAAAUUCGGCCAUUUGAUGGUUGAGGAUCCCAGCCGUUCAACAAAAGGAUUAUUACGUGACAUCAAAAACGAACCAAAAUGUUACCUCGCCGAUGAGUGCACAACUAUAGCAGCCGAAACAACUCCAACAAUAGCAACAAAAGAGAAAAAGCAUACACCAAAGGUGACAAGCCGUAUUGAUAGCAAACCUAUAGUAGUGGUUGAGAACCCACCACCUUCCGCUAACGAAACUAAAGGAGAUGAUCCUGUAGCACGUGUCAAUCCGAUAUUUCUCUGGGUUAAACAAGAUGACACACGCAUUGUUGAAGUGCGCUGUGAGGAUUACGAUAAAAGGAACCGUAUACGUAUAACAAAGACUUCUAAUGGUUGGCGGGCCAUACCACGUACCGACCCAACCACCUCGAAGAUUGUCAAAAUCUUACAAACACCACUUUUAAAAGUCAAACGCGAAAUUUACGAAAAUAAUUUAUUACAGAAAUGCAAUGAAAAUUUCUGCGCAAAUAUGGGUAGGGAAAUUUUACCAGAAGUCAAUGAAAAGCAAAGCUUUAUCUCGGAACAUACUGAAGAAAUUGUGCCGAUUAAUACUAAAAUUGCAAUAACUGAAACCUUGGUUAAUAACGAAGCCGAAAAAAUUGCGAACAGUCCGAAGGUGAAACAUAAGAAUAAGAAAACCAAAAGUAAGAAAGAAGGCAAGAGGGGUCGAAAAUCUGGUAAAUUGAAUAUUCCAAAAACAGAAGUGCAUCAGGAAUCAGCUACAGAAACUACUACAGAGAAUAGUCUGGAGUUACAUAAAGUUAGCCAAAUAGGAGAAAGCAUAGAGCCCGUUGAACAUACGAUUCAAUCAAAUUUUGAGACAAUACAAAACUUCAAUGAAAUAUGUGUCAAUGGCAACGGUAUAAUAGAACAUGACGCAGUUAUUAACAACGCUGAUGGAAUGACAGAUAUACAUAGUGAUACAAAGGAACAAUCAAUUGAAGGAACAACAGAAACUGUUGCCCUAUCAGAUGAAGAAGUUCAAGCUGUAAUAUAUGAAAGGGAAUCAGAAACUGAAACAUAUCAACAUCAUACACCGCAUUUACAGCUUUGUCCAAAAACAGGUCUUUUCCUGCCCACCAUUACUUGUGAAAGUAACGAAGGGGAGACAACUGCCGUUGUAGCUGCAGAUUGUGACGUUAGUACUUUUAAUGCGAAUUUUUUGCCCAAAGAUAUAUUGGUAGAUUUGGCGGAUUGCGAUGAAGACGAACAUAACGAGGGCGCGGGGGGUAAGUUGCAAACAGUGCAUGCCCACUUCGUCACAAAUCUCGAUGCCGACACCAAAAAUCUCAAGGAUCUGCUGGAUGAUGCUGAUUUAAUGCAACAUUGCAGCGAAAAUGCGAACAGUGAUGCUGACAUAAUCGAUUCAAUAGUUAAGCGCAGCUGUGAAAACAAUUUGAUCCAAGAGACUGAAACACUCAAAGAGGCUGUAGCUCCAACAACAUUUAGCACUUCACAAGUUGAGGAUGUGCCGCAAAAGGAUUUGAUAGAUGUAAUACCACAGCAUAUAAUCGACGAGGCAGUGCGAGAUUCGCCCAAAUGUUUAUCCUUCAACGAAGCUGGUGAAAUCGAAGGUCUAAACGGGGAACUCUUUCAAUCAAAUAGUUUUAUGGACACAUAUGAAAAAGAGCCCAGUGUUGAGGAGGUGAGUUUAAGUGACGAUGGCAAAAAAACUGAGAGCACCGAGGUGACGGCAUUGUCAUCACCACUUGCACUUAAAGGCAAGCUUAGUGAUGAUGUUAUCCUGGACGAGGUGCCCAAAGACUUAAGUUAUAAGAAACGCGAGGAGGUUUGCCCACCAUCCGAGUCACGAAGUCAAUGUGCAGUGACCUCGAGCUCGGAUGUUGUCAAGUCUCCACAGCAAGGCGAACUUCCCGCAAUUGAAACGACAUCAGAAGCAAUCAAGAAUCUAAUAUUGGAGCAGUUUAUUAAAUUGAACGCAUAUAAUGCGAUAUCUAAUACAGGGCCGAAACAGCAAUCAGAGCCGAUAAAUCUGGGGAAGCAACAGCGUGAUUUAGCUGGCAAUGACUGCAACAAUUAUGCUACGUCUACGAAUUACAUUGAAACAGUUGUUAUAGAUGACAACAGUUGCGAAGAACCGGUUAAGAAGCGUGUACGUAGUAACGUAAAACUUAACAAAAACAGUAGCAUUGAAGAAACCUCUCAAACGACUGCCCAGACUCCAACAUUGAUAGACAAGGAUCCGGAUCCGCUGACACAGCUUCAACUACUUAUUAGAAAUACACAAUGGAAAGUACCGGAUCCAAUCCUUGUUCCAAAGGAUAGGCUGCGCGCAGUAUUAGCUUCACCGGCACGUGAAAUACCAUUAUUAAUUACCACCAGGCCUGAAUUGAGACUUCCAGAGGCAUUCGCUUAUCCGGAAAUCAUACAAAAUCCCAACAUACUCGUCAUUUCAAUGGCGCAACUGGAGGCAAUACUGAAAAACGAAAUGGACAUGGAGAAGAAUAAACAGCAAUGUUCUGCACCAGACCCCGUUCACGAGUUGCCAACCGAAACUGUGAAGAAACCUAAUAUUAUGCCGUGUUCUAAUACAAAUAAACCACUCAUUGAGCCGAAAAGCGUAAAAGUUAAGGAACUUCCACUGAAUCCACCACCCCCGCCUUCCAAGUGUUCACAUGUUGAGACCAAUUUGGCAUCCGACAUAAAUGCAGCCACGUUAGCAGUUCUAAAUCAAAUGUUGUGGUUGCCAUAUUUUGGUCAGUUAUCACAGGAAUUUCUAAAAACCAUAAAGAAUCCUUUAGGAGUGCAAAAUAAGUAUGCGAGUUUACUGCCACCACUAUACAAUCACCAUCUAGGGCUGCAACAUAUGGAUGAAAUGUACAAGAAUUACCUGAAGCAGAUGACGGCUUUAAAACACCUAAGUGCAGAGGCAUCCGUUAACAAUGCGAUGCCCAACUUUCCACUGCCACUCGGCGCAUUCCAACCUACAAUGGAGGCGACGGUCUUUCAGAAAAUGCUGCAACAUCAGUUGACUAACUUUCUGAAUAUCAAUCCACUUUCUACAGCUACAGAGGCGCCGAUUCAGAGGGGCGUCGUCGGAAAGAGUCCUGCUCAUGAAGUUACACCAAAUGUUGAGCAUAUGCUUGUUGUAGAAGACAAGAAAUCUAAAAAUACCACCACUUCUACUACAACUACAAAUACAACACCAGAUAUAAGCGGCAUAAUAGCUGAUGCUACCGAAAAGUCGCUUAGACACAAUAACAACAACAAUGUGAAUAUAAGUUGUGAUAAUGCGAUGACUGAAAAUGUGAACUAUAACAAAUACGCUUAUAUGCAGAAGCAGGAAAUGGAUAAUAAGCCACGUUUAACGUGCAAGUCACUUUCAAAUCUGUUAGAACCCGAAAGUGUGCCGUCAUCGCCGGCUGUUCCUUUGGUAAAUUUUAGCACAGAACAUAUUCGCAAUGCGACACAUGAACUUGCCAAUAGUACCAAUAGCCAAAUUACCACUAACGGCGGUAAAGAUACAACUGUUUCUGACGUGCCGGCGACAGUGGAAGUUGUGCCUUUUAAAACGGUAAAACUGAAUAAGACUACGAAUGCCGGUUUGAAUGCCUCACAUGAACUAGCUAAACAGAGAAAACGGGCUAUGAACUAUACAGAAACGGCUGUGGCUUCAUCGCCAUCAUUGGUAGCAGCAACAACGGCGGCACUUGAAAACCAAACUGCGAGCAGAAACGUAAUGGCAGACAACAUAAAUGUCGAGCCAAAUCAGGCAUUGUGGCACCCACUUUUUGGAAGCAAUGCAAAAACGGGUUACAGCAGUCCCUGGCAAUGGACGACGGUAACCGCAACAGGUGAAUGACAUUCAAGGGGUCUCAAGGGACCCA